UCUUCUUGUGUGACAGUAUGUUCUCUUUUUACAUAACACUUAGGUAAACAUGAGCAUCACUGUCAACACCACAGCUGGUUUAAAUGCGGCCCUCGCCUUCUUCAGAGAGCUCUAACUGAUGUUGCUCUUCUCCUCCUCCUGAACAGCAAGUUUCUUUUAGUCUGACUGCUUUUUUUGUGUCCCGAAUUCCUUCUUUGUCUGCUUAGCCGAUAAAUAGCAGGAGGGACCCUCAGCUCCAGCAGUUCCACUCUCCUCCUCGUACACUCAGCAUCCAUCUGACGCCAUGUGGACCCAGGCCAGCCCUCUGCUGCUGCUCGCCUGCUGCCUGUGGCUGUGCCCGACUGAGGCUCAGCGCGACGGCAGCACGACGCAGAACAUCUGGAAUGAUCCCAUCAAAUUCAAAACCAAGGCUAAUGACUUCUGUACAAUGAUCAUCACCGGUCAGGGGGAGUACACCAGGCUGAGGGUGUCAUGCCAGAGCAGCAAGCGCUCCUACUGGUGUGAGUACGUGGGGAAGCCUUACACCUGCCGCGCUUACAACAAAAACCCUCGACACUACUUUGUCCAGAUGAUGUGGGGUCUCAGAAAGCUCAACAAUGCCUGCCAGGCGCCACGGCAGAUCAAACCUCACAUGUGCAGGAUGGCAACUGAUGACUCUCAGAUGGUAUUUUCAUCUGCUUCCUUCUCCCAGUCACGGCCAGAGGCGUCUUCAAGGACAGGAACGAGACCAGCAGCACCGCCGGCAAGACUUCAACCUCGACCUGCACCCACCAGGUCUGAUUCAGUGAGGCCAGCUUCAAGGAAAUCCAUUCCAGUACAACCCAGACCACAAACCACACAGAAAACCACUCCACAACCAACAACACCACCUGUGGAGAGCACUCCAAAGAGGAUGGCUCGGCAGUACUGUUGGAGGUCACUUCAGGGCAUCUGCUCCUACGUCAUUGGGUUGUUUCGAAAUUAAUGAGAAAGAUUUACAAUUCUGACGAAGAUAACUUCUGAUGCCCGUUUAUAACAGCCCUUGGAGGGGGAAACUUCGAUAGAAGAACUAUAGUGCUCUCUUCGGGGGAAGGGAUGGUACUGCAGUGACUUUCAAACAAACCGUCCUCACUGAAAUGUGCAUGCAUCAUCAUCAUCCACUGAGAGCCAGGCUACUCUGAAAUAACUGCUCAAACAUCCAUUCAAAGAUCACAGCUUUAGUAUGAAACACGUAUGAAAUAGUACAUGUACUAAUUUCACUUGUGAGAAUGUUUCUGCAGAUGCAGCAUUUUCAAAAAUGUAGGGAUCAGGGCAAACACACAACCCUUUGUUGUCUCUUAUUUGUAUUUAUGUUUUUUUACUUGUAUAUAAUCUACUUGAGUCACUUAUUAUUACCUUAAAUUGUUGGGAAAGACCAAGGUUUUACUUUUGGUCUAAAACAGCAAUGAUUUCUGUUCUGUUGCGUAUUUGACAGACAGAUAUACUGAAUGUAAAAAUGUUUUUCAUAAAUAAACAUUCUUC